AUCUCAAACUCCGCCAUGUUUUGAGAUUUUGCGGAGAGGUGUGUUGGUUGGGUUACGGAGAGUGUAGCAACAUUUUACAUACGCUUUUUUUUCUGGAAAAUGCACACCUCUCAACUAAUUUUAUCUAUUUAUAUACAUUUUAUCGUCCAUAAGACUGUUAGGUCGCAGUAACGUUACAUCAAAUGACAACGGUCCCACAGCUCACUUGUGGUUAGCUAUCGUUUGAAGAAGAUUAGAAGGGGCUUGCUCCCUACAAAUUCUUUCGUCUUCUGCUUUCGGAAUGUUUUCCAAAAAGCCUCAUGGGGACGUCAAAAAAUCUACACAGAAAGUGUUGGAUCCAAAAAAAGAUGUUCUGACACGUCUGAAACACUUGCGGAUUGUUAGUGAAAAUGCUGAGUCGGGGGAUCUGAAGCACUUCUUUGACCAGUACUACUCUCACAUCUACUAUGUGUUCUUUGAGAACUUUGUCACCAUUGAAGUCAGUCUCAAACAAAAAGGUCACAAAUCGCAAAGGGAAGAACUUGACUCCAUUCUAUUCAUAUUUGAGAAGAUUCUGCAACUCCUACCAGAGCGAAUACACGGACGAUGGCAGUUCCACAGCAUAGGCCUCAUCCUAAAGAAGCUGUUGCACACUGGGAACUCUUUAAAGAUCCGAAGGGAGGGUGUGCGUCUGUUCCUGCUAUGGAUGCAGGCCCUGCAGGGUAACGCACUGAGAGAGCAACUAUGGAUAUUUGCCUGUCUGAUCCCUGGCUUCCCAUCCCCUCAGUCAGAGCUGGGACCCCGUACCCUGGACAACCUGGUGAACCCUCCUCUCAGCUUUCAGGAGACUCAAGUGACUCCAGAAGAGAUCAGUCCCCUGGUUCCUCCACAGUCAGGGGAUAAGGGCCAGGAAGACCUCACAGGAUACUUUCUAGAGGCUCUUCUGAAAUACAUGGUAAACCAGGCCAAAAGUCUGGAGUGGAAGUGCAAAGACAACCACGAGAAGGGCUUCGCAUUCCUGUUUGGAAACUUCAAGAAAUAUUACCUGCCGCACAUAUUCCCUAACUUUUCCAAGGAGACCAGUUUGUACCAUCCCAUACUGGAGGUUCCAUCAAUGAGACCAAAGCCUUACUACAGUGUGGUGAAGAAAGACCCAGAGACCAACGAGGCAGUGUACUGCACUAAGGAGAGCCUCCUCAAUGCCCGGGUCAUCUUCAUCCGCUGGCUGGUGUCCUUCUGGCUGGAGCCACGCUCCAACACUGGAACACACAUCCCUGGGGUGGACGGAGAGAGGGAGAGUGUGCCAAAGAACAUCCAGAGGGCAGCAGCUGGGCUGGCAGGGCGGGGUCAUGGGCUGGGGGAUGACUUGGGCCCCAGGGCAGACAGCCUGGAUGGAGGGAUAGGGUGUGAGCAGGAGCAGUCCCACUCCAACACCUCCACCCUGACAGAGAGGGAGCCCAGCUCCUCCAGCCUGUGUAGUAUGGAUGAGGAGCACCUCACUGACAUGGAGGUUGUGAGAAGAGUCCUCUGUUCCUCCAGGACCAAUGUCAACUUCAUCACUGAGAUUUUCCGACAGGCCUUCCUGUUGCCAAUGUGUGAGGCUGCAGCCAUGAGGAAGGUGGUGCGGGUGUACCAGGAGUGGUUUGCCCAGGAGGACAAGCCUUUGUUUAUGAGGGAGCCGGAGGAGGAGAGGAUAUUUUCCACCGCCGGAGAGGUUAACCUGGAGCCUGUAUCCCAGCAGUGCCCAGAGAAGGAAGAGAGGGUGAAUAAAGUGUCUGAGAAAGAGCUGCUGGAGUACAGUGUGCAUGCAGGUGUUCAGCCCACUCUACAGGUGUUUGUCACCAACUCGGCCAAUGUGUUUCUGCUGGAACCAGCCAAUGAGCUGAAGAUGCUGCUAGAGGAACAUGUUGACAUGUGCAAGAGAGUCCUUAACAUCUACCGUAGCCUGGUCAUGCAUGAAACCAUGGACCAGAAGACAUGGGAGCAGAUCCUGCUGGUCCUGCUGAGGGUAACCGAAUGUGUGAUGAAGAGACCUCCCUCAAUCAUGCCCCACGGCAAGAAGAACAUGACCCUCUCAGGGAGACUGGCUGGUGCAGUCUUUCAGACCCUGAUAGUGGCGUGGAUCAAGGGGAACCUGAACGUGUACAUCUCCAGGGAGCUGUGGGAUGACCUGCUGGCCGUGCUGUCCUCGCUCACCUGCUGGGAGGAGCUGGUCACAGAGUGGUCCCUCACCAUGGAGACGCUCACCAAGGUUCUGGCCCGCAACCUGUACAGUCUGGACCUCAACGAGCUGCCGCUGGACAAGCUGAGCGAACAGAAACAGAAGAAACACAAAGGAAAAGGGGGAGCUCACGAGGGCCAGAAAAUGGCUGUGGACCGUUCAUUCUCUAAGGGCUGGAGCAGGGACCAGCCUGGGAGUGGGAGCGGCCAGGCAGCAGCCAUGAGGCAGCGCAGUGCCACCACCGCUGGCUCCCCGGGCAUGGAGAAGGCCAGGAACACUAUACGCCAGAAGACUGGGGCCCUGCGUAGCUGCUCUACGGGCGACAGCCUCCUGUCCCAAGCCUUUAUCCGCAGCGCUAAAAGUGCCCCUGUCCUCGUCCAUCACCACCACCCUCUCCUGCCUGACUCUGUCCUCACUCCCCUAGCUGACAAGCUGGCAGACAUGGACGAUCCCCCGAUGGCCUCUCGGACCCCCAGGAUCCGCCACUGCUCCCAGAGCGAGGAUACCCCGGCCUCGGAGUUGUUUUCGGCGUCUGGCGACCUGGACCCCCAGGGGUCCACGCUCCCCCGCAGCAGCAGCGCCUCCGACAUCAUGGAGCCCUUCAUCGCCGAGAGGGUCAAAGGUGCACUUCCUGUCCCUGACAGUCCCCCCUCUCACCCCACCACUGCUGUCUCUGUCCCCCACCUCCACGCCCUGCACCCCUCCAAAACCCCCACUACCCUAGGUAGCAGCGUGGCCUCUCUGGAGGUGGGGGAUAGCAUCUAUGACCACCUGUGGCAGAUGAUAGGCCCCCGCCCCCUUUCCCCUGACUGGACGUGUGGUGGAACCUCCUUCUCCUCCACCCUCACCCAGUCCUCCGAGAGAGAGGAGGAGGGGGAGACUGAGGGUGAGGAGGACCUGCUUAGCUCUCUCAGGGAGUAUCUGAUGCAAAGAAGCCUGGAGGAGGGAGGUGGAGGGGGGGAGAGGGGUGGCCCUAGUGAGGCUGUGGAGGGUAGCGCUGUGGCUGUGACGGUACAGUCAGGGUCACAGCAGGUCAGGAGACAGGUCCAGGUAAGGCAGCAGAGCAGCUUGGACUCAGCAGAGGAGGACAGUGCAGAGGCAGAGCAGCAGCCUCCUGAGAGGAGCAUUUAUGAGUGUCUGGAGCAGAGUGAUGACUGGGAGCUGGCCAGCAGGGGGCACUCUAGUCUAGACCAGCAGGUAACUCCUCAGGGCACAGAGAAUAGAGGAGAGCCCCACUUGGUCAGGCAGGAUGCCACAGAGUGUGAGUAUAAUAACGAGACAGGAGGUUCAGGCUUACAGGCCCCUCAGCCCCGGCAGCAGUCCCAUUCCCUCCACCACGCCCUCAAGCCCAGGUUGGUCCGGGGCAGGCUCAAAAAGCACCACGGGGGAGGGGUGCACGUCAGUUUCCGGCCCUCCACAGAGUCUGUCCAGUUCCACAACCCUCUAGACUCCAAGGAAGCCCACUGGAGGACCAGGCUGCGCCGCCUCAGCCACUUCAGCAGCCACUCUGUAGGAGGGGUGGGGUCUGGAGGGGCUGGGGCAGGGUUGGGGGGGUCAAAGGGUAAAGAGAGGUCAGGAGGGGAGGGGGUGAGCGGAAGCGGGGAGCAGCCAGAACGGGAGGCCAGUGGAGUGGGGGGUCAUGCGACAGAGCCAGGAUGUGUCCGUCUGGGGCGCUCCUCCCUUCGGCCUCGUGGGACCCGGUCCAGGUCCCAGGAUGCGGAGUCAGGGAUCAGUCCUUCUCGGCAGCAGCAGGGGGCUCUGUUGGGCGGUGUGUAUAAAUCUGUGGUCCAUGCUCUCUCCAAGCCCAAGGCCCACGCCUCCGGCUCCGCGUCUCCCCAGCGGCACAGCAAAGCCCCCGGCGGGGCCACAGAGGCGCCCCUGAGGGACCUGUACACUCAUGUAUUGGGCUAUUUUGGAAGAAAAGCACCAGCCAACAAAGAGGAAACUUGUCAGAAGAUGCGGCCUGUGUCCAGUGACGCAGGCAACAGCAGCCAAAACUUUGGAGACCUGAUGGACGAGUUUAUCCAAGAGCGUCUGCGAGCGGGAGGCACCUCUGGUAUGACCAGGCGUGGCAGCAGCCCCGGUAGUCUGGAGAUCCCUAAGGACCUGCCAGAACUCCUGAACCGUCAGAACUCCACACGACCCGUAGACGACCCCGGCGUGCCCUCCGAGUGGACCUCCCCAGCCAGUGGCAGCAGCAGCGACCUAAUCAGCUCCGACAGCCAAUCGGACUCAUUUAACGCCUUCCAGUACGCCAACUGCAAGUUUGAAAAUUUCAGCUUUGGUCCAGAUGGCUGUGGUGCGGGGUCGUUGGACCAGGAUAACACCAGCCUGGGAGGAGUACCCCAGACUGCAGAGGAACCGGAGCUGUCCAGUCUCACCACCCUGCACAUUGACUCAGAGACCAGUAGUCUGAGCCAGCUUGGCCUGUCUGCAGAUACCGUCACCAUCACAGGUUCAGAGAGUGCGUCCCCGAUGCAUUCCCUGGGGGGUUCCCGCUCUCAGACCCCGUCCCCAGCCACGCUGACCGCUGAACAUGUAGCUCUGCAGCACAAGGACCUGCAGCUGGAUGAGAAACUACGUCACUCUGUAGUACGGACUCCGGAUGACCUGGAAACCAGUGAAUUUCCUACAGAGGACUGCAGUGUGAUGGCUGGUGGCUCGCUGACUGGUUGGCACGCUGACGUUGCCACGGUGAUGUGGCGGAGAAUGCUAGGAAUUCUGGGAGAUGUGAACACCAUUAAGGACCCAGAGAUCCACGCGCAGGUCUUUGACUACCUCUGUGAGCUGUGGCAGAACCUGGCCAAGAUCAGGGAUAAUCUGGGGAUCUCUCUGGACAACCAGUCGUCUCCUCCUCCCCCGGUCCUCAUCCCUCCCCUUCGGAUCCUCACCCCCUGGCUCUUCAAAGCGACCAUGCUGACUGAGAGGUACAAACAGGGGAAGCUGCACGCCUACAAGCUCAUCUGUAAGAUCAUGAAGAGGAGGCAGGACGUAUCGCCCAACUCGGACUUCCUCACACACUUCUACAACAUCAUGCACUGUGGCCUCAUGCACGUCGACCAGGACAUAGUGAACACCAUCAUUAAGCACUGUUCUCCUCGGUUCUUCUGCAUCGGCCUUCCCGGGGCCACCAUGCUCAUCCUGGACUUCAUCAUCGCGGCCAGCAGAGUCACAGCCUGCUCUUCGCUCAACGCCCCGCGGGUGGAGGCUCAGAUCCUUCUGGGUUCUCUGGUGUGUUUCCCUAACCUGUAUGAGGAGCUGCCCGCCCUGCACCCCACCACCGCUGACGUGGUCAUGACCAAGUUCAGAGACGUCAAGGAACACAUCAUCAAACACAUCCUGAGUUCAGCAAGAGAUGAGCCUUCAGCCCCAGCCAGGUGUGUGGCCCUGUGCAGUCUGGGUAUCUGGCUGUGUGAGGAGUUGGUCCACGGCACCCAACACACUCAGAUCAAAGAAGCCCUCAACGUCAUCUGUGUCACUCUGAAGUUUCCAAAUAAAACUGUCGCGCUGGUGGCCUCCGACAUUCUGCACUUGCUCAUAAACUAUGUCGAUGACCUUCAGAAAUUCCCCCCAGACACUCCAAAGAAAAUAGUUGAGAUCCUCAUAGCGACCGUAACUCACCUGCUCCCCACUACAGAAUCUUCCCCUCAUGAACUGGACAAGAGGUUGGUGGUGUCUCUGCUGUUGUGCCUCCUGGACUGGGUGAUGGCUCUGCCUCCUAAGACUCUGCUGCAGCCUGUCCAAACACUCAGCCCUGACAAGGACAAGCCAGACAAGUCUGUCAUCAGCUGUAUCUAUAAGGUGCUGCAUGGCUGUGUGUAUGGGGCCCAGAACUUCAACAGCCCCAGGUAUUUCCCCAUGAACCUGUCAGACCUGACCAGUCCUGACUACGACCCCUUCCUGCUGCUGGAGAGUCUGAAGGAACCAGAGCCCCUCCACUCCCCUGACUCAGAACGCUCCUCUAAACUACAGCCGGUCACCGAGGUACGGAGCCGUAUCCAGCAUGGUCUGAUCUCCAUCGCAGCCAGGACAGUCAUCACCCACCUCGUCAACCACCUUGGCCACUACCCCAUGUCUGGAGGCCCUGCUACCUUGACCAGCCAUGUCUGUGAGAACAUGGACAACCCCUACAGCGAGAGCCCUGACCUGGCCCCAGAGCUCUUCGACGGGCCCAACCUACAGUUCUUUGUCCUGAACGGUACCACCCUCCUGUCCUGUCUCCAGAUCCGGGCUGAGGACGGUGUGCCCGGAGGUGGGAUGUCUGCAGGCCUCACCACUACCAGCGCCUGUGUGAGGGUUAUUGUUAGGGAUAUCUCCGGCAAACACUCGUGGGACUCGGCUGUACUCUACGGCCCGCCUCACUGUGGUGCUCCUAACCAGCCCCUGCACCUCUACAGUAAAAGACCUACAGAGAGAACGAAUACAGAUGGGGAGAAGAACCGAGCAGGGGAGCUUGGCGAGAGGGAGGACAGGGAAGAGGGGGCUGCACUGGAGGAGGAGGAAGAAGAAGAAGAGGUGGUUGUGGUGCUGGGAGAGGAUGAGCUGGGAGAGGAGGAGCAGGGGGAGGCUGUGGAGGAGGAAGAAGAGGGGGAGGAGGAAAGUGCCAUGGAGCUGAUGGCCCCGCAGGCCAAGCGUGUGUGUCGGGAGGUGGUUCCGUCCUGGGACUCCCUACGAGAAGAUGACGUUCUAGAUGAGAUGCUGCAGUACCUGGGUUACUCCAGCCCCGAGUGCCUUCAGCGUGCCGGAGGCCCCCCUCAACAUCCGCCCGCCCCUGUCUGCGUCUCGGAGAAGCAGGAGAGCGUGAUCAAUGCCAUCCUGAAGCAGUGUGCUGAAGAGGGACUUUGCGGUGCACAGGGGGAAUGGCUGAGCAUGAGGGCUGUGGAGCAGGGGGAGCCGGAGCCCCACAGGCCCCAGUCGGCCUUUUACUACUGCAGGCUGCUACUCAACAUCCUGGGCAUGAACUCCUGGGAGAAGAGGAGUAACUUCCAUCUCCUGAAGAAGAACGAGAAACUGCUUAGAGAGCUGAAGAACCUCGACUCCAGGCAGUGUCGAGAGACUCACAAGAUAGCCGUGUUUUACGUGGCGGAGGGGCAAGAGGACAAGCACUCUAUCCUGUCUAACACCAGUGGUAGUCAGGCCUACGAGGACUUUGUCUCUGGGCUGGGCUGGGAGGUGAAUCUGACCAGUCACUGUGGCUUCAUGGGAGGUCUUCAGAGGAACAAGAGCACGGGUCUGACCACGCCUUACUUCGCCACCUCUACCGUCGAGGUCAUGUUCCACGUCUCCACACGCAUGCCCCCCGACUCUGACGACUCACUCACCAAAAAGCUACGCCAUCUUGGGAAUGACGAGGUGCACAUCGUGUGGUCGGAGCACUCCCGAGACUACAGGAGAGGCAUCAUCCCCACGGAGUUUGGAGACGUCCUCAUCAUCAUCUACCCCAUGAAGAACCACAUGUACAGCAUCCAUAUCCUCAAGAAGCCAGAGGUCCCAUUUUUCGGGCCGCUGUUUGAUGGAGCCAUAGUGGAUGAGAAGAUCCUUCCCACCAUGGUCCGGGCUACAGCCCUCAAUGCCAGCAGGGCUCUAAAAUCCCUCAUCCCCCUCUACCAGAACUUCUACGAGGAGAGAGCCCGUUACCUGGAGACCAUCGUCCAGCACCACCUAGAGCCAACCACCUUUGAGGACUACGCAGCGAGGGUCUUCUGCCCCGCCCCCUACCACCACCACCUCUCAGACCCCGGCUCAUGCCUCGAGAGUCAGGAGGGAGAAAGUCCAGCAGCAGUGCAGCUAGACGGGGCCGACCAGUUAGCCUCGCCAAUGUCCCCUCGUACUAGCAAGAGCCGCAUGUCCAUGAAGCUCCGACGCUCCUCCGGCUCGGCCAAUAAGACCUGAUCGGACUUUCCCUCCGCUGAUCGUCCUCCAUGCAACGCCCUGCAUGAGGUCACAGCCUUCAGACAAACCGACUGACUCUCUGUACUGUACAGCUAGGACUGCACUGCAACUACCAGCCUUUACCUGCUAACAGCGCUGCAUCGCAUGUUGUGUACCCCCACUAUAUGGACAUGGACACGCCUGCCCUGCAGGGUCAGAAUUAGCAUCAACCCUACUGCACCACCCUUCCAAGAUGCAGGAUAAGGCCUUGAACAGAGCCAGACCCUCAGGGGCCCCCAGGACUCAGCUUGUGCUAGCAGGGCCUCCAACAGAAUAAACAAGUCCCCUGGGCAAGGUUAACUAUGCUCACUACCACCUCAAACUUUACACAAAAUAUAAUAUACAUAGAUAUAUAAAAGAAGCAGCAUCGGUUUGGUUUUGUACAGAAAGCAUAAAGGCAACAUGCGAGAUGUGUUCAUUGUAAGUAGCAUUGUUGAUGGUUGAAAUCACUUGAUAUUAGACUGAGAUGAUGAACUACAGUGUGGUCUUUCUCUGCUCUUGUAGCUGAGCAGAGUGGCUAAUAUCCUGUCCUCCCUGCUCUCUGGGCCCCUGUCUCUGGGCCCCUGUCUCUGGGCCCCUGUCUCUGGGCACCUGUCUCUGGGCACCUGACUCUGCACCCACUAGGAAAGGGAUUGUAAGAGUUUGUAAGAAAGAACAAAGAAACACGAAGUAAGAAAAGCUUAUUUGUCAUAUUUGGUCACUGUGUCCACCGUGAGACAAAUUUAUAUAUAUAUUUGUACUGUAUUCUGUAUAUACAGGAGUUGUCACUUUCUUUAUGGACUGAAGCAAUGUCAGCCAGUGUUCAAAGAUGAGAUGAACGUUUUGAAGUUGGAAGAUGUUUGUUUCUAGAAUUGUGAGAUGGAAAUUGUUUGGUUAAAGUGAAGCACUUAAAUUUUGGUUUUGGUUUUCACGCUAAACGUGCAACUGAGUUUGACAUUCUGAGUUCACUACUGUUGUUCUUUUGAGGGUCACAUGUAUUUUUUUUAAUCGAGAUUGUAAAAUUGUUUUUCACCUGAUAAAGAAUGUUACUGAUUAUUUAGUUUUGUUCAUAUACAAUGUGUUGUAUUGAACCAGCCCUUUUUUCACUUAUGAUGACUAUAUUAUAUAUAUGAGAAUACAUAUUUAAGGUGUAUAGUGUUGAGGACCAUAUCUGGUCUGUACAUAUUUGAAUAUAGCUGCCAAAAAAAAACUAAACGUCUAUUAACUUCAAGAUACGUCGACCAACGGUUGGAUGUGUGAUCAGAUCUUCUGCUUGUGUUUCAUAUAAGAGGUCUUCUGCCUCGGACGUCAUCACAAAGCUUGCCUGCUGAAGUUGGCCAAUACAACGCUGUACUGUAGCUUUGUCCACAGCUAGAAAAAGCUCAUUGCUGUUAUGGUCGAGUGUCUGUCUGUGCAACAACACAAAUGAGGAUGGAAAGAGGACCAUCUCCUAUGAUAUGGAGACAUUCCCUCCUGUAAAGUAUUGGUAUUAACACAGUAUGUACUGUAUAGGAGCUUAAACAACCAUAUACCGUUUCUUCACUGUCCAGCUCGCUAAUAAUCACCUAAAUUAAAUCUAGACAGUCAGGAAGUAUCGAAAAUUAGCAAGACUGUUGUCUAUUUUUUGCAAAUUUGGACUGCGAGGGAAUAUAAAACAUUUUCAGUGUGGCCCUCUGGACCUCGUUGAAGACCGAAUGCCGUCCCUUGGGCAAAAUGAGUUUGACACCACUGUUAUUUAUUUGGGUUCUUCUGAAACUCCAGCUAGGGUCUCUGCAGGUGGGCUUCACAGCAAGCUAAUGUGCUAUUUGUCUAGAACACUUCUCUCCUGUCCGCUUCAUGUAUUGUAGCAGGUCUUCAUCGUGGUCUUCCACCCUUGCCUGCUUCUCAAACAACACCUGUACCUGGGUCGUUCUUGAGUUCUGAUGGCGUUUUGGGGGGGGAAUUAAUUUUUUAUAUUUUUUAUUUAAAUGUAUUUGGGUACAUCUUUCCAUUCUAAAUCAACUAAUAUGGCAGCUUAAUGACUUUAAAUAAUGUUUACCAUUAUGAUAGCAUUGUGCCACCAAUAGGAGUAGUAACACCGAUGAGACAUUUUAGGUUGAGGAUUUUCUUGUAAGGUCAUUAAAAAUAUAAAUAAUUUA